AUGUCCUCGCAAGCAGCUCCUCAGACGACGGCCUCGCAAACGGCUUCGCAAAACCAAACAGGCUCUGAAGCAGCUUCACAGCAGAUGGCCGGGCCUCCCCCUCCAGUAUCCAACUCGCCCGCUCUCAACAUUCUCCCUUCGAACCAGCCCGCCGUUAACAACGCUGUAUCCUCGCCUUCGCUGCCUUCUCCUCACCAUCUACCUGCCAGCAUCGCCAUGAAAGACAACGCGGGCGUUGAUCCUGGUCCCGGACCAACACGACAUCCCCGUCCCCUGACCGCCGCCGAUCUGCAUUUGCAACUGGAAAAGGAACAAGAGGCAGUGGUCAACCGCCUCAGUCGUGAACUCAGCAUGCUCCGCGCUGCGCAGAACGCAUCGGUUGUCUCGAAUGCAUCCGUCAUCUCGAAUGCUUCCUCGGCUUCAGCUAGCGUUUCGGGUGCUGAAUCCGUACCGAUUGGCGACGCGUAUGUGGGAUCCGGUGCUCCAGGACUAUCCCAUCAUCGGGUUAGCAUGCACAAUCGUACAUCUUCUAGCGCCAGCACGCGCAGCCUCACAGCCAACGCCGGUUCUAUCUCGACAUCACUCACUGGUAUCUCGUCGCCUGCCCCGAUUCGCCCAACCCAGCCGCUCCCCAUCGGCGGUAUCAGCUUGAGCAGGCAGAACAGUGCUGCUUCCAGACGGAGUCAGGCAGGAUCACCAUCCUCUGCUCACUUCAUGGGCAGCUACUCGGGUGCUCUUCCGAUGCACAGUUUCACACCCUCAUCGAACCCUGGCGAUCCUUCGACGGUCAACUAUUUUGCCCAUCGCCUGUCCGGUGCAUUUCAUUCAACGGCUGCAACGCCCGGAUCGAUCCCCACUAGUGACCAUUCUCCAGCUAUCUUGCCAGGAACCCCUCGCUAUGAGGAGACGGCCUUCUAUCGUAGCGAGCUGGAGUCUGUGAAGAGAGAGAAUGAAGCGCUGAAACGACGAGUCCGGGAGUUGGAACGCAUGGUCCGCGAGCGACGGGCUAGCGAUGCUAGCCGCGCAAGCCAAGGCGGUGCAGGGUCACUAGCCCCGCGGACCCGGAGCGACAGUACUAGUACCACUGCCAGCGUUAGUGUUACUGCUAGUACUGCUGCCACCGGCGGUGUCAGCAUUGCUGCGCCGAGGGAUGCUGAUCCUACGGCAAGAGCGGAACGACCGAGAGUGGUCAGUGCAAUCAGCAGCAUCGCGGUUGGUGUACCGGACGACGAGGUGAAGGUUGGCGAGAGUGCCGCUAGCUCAGGUCUUGGAGAGCAUGAUAAAAGAAGAAAGCAGGACAAGGGGCCAGAAGCAGAGGGACAGACACAGGCUUAG